AUGGCAACUAUUAUAUUGUUCCUUGACUGCACCAAUAUUGAAAGAUAUCAAAGGGAGAAGUACUUGCCUCCGCUGGAUAAGACGAAAUUUCUUGUCCCCCAAGAACUGUCUAUGACCCAGUUUGUUACCAUAAUACGAAACCGUAUGUCUCUCAUGCCAAGUCAAGCCUUCUAUUUGCUGAUUAACAACAACGGACUUGCCAGCAUGUCGCUCACAAUGGCACAAGUUUAUAAGGACCACAAAGACGACGACGGGUUUCUGUACAUGACGUACGCUUCGCAGGAAAUGUUUGGAUGCUGUGAGGAAUGCGUGGACAUGAAGUCAGAAGCAAGAUUCACGUAG